AUGGACGAAGAAGCAAAACUAAAAAUCAAACAAGAAAAAACACAAAAAUGCUUUAAGUGCAACUUGUGCUCGAAAACAUUUUCACGCAAAGACGCCCUUAAAGCUCAUCACACUUGCAAACAUACAGACAAAGAAUUACGAGUGCAUUAUCCUUGCGAUGUUUGCGGCCAAACAUUCCUAGACAAAUCCAGAGUGAAUGCGCACGUAAAACGAACUCACCUCAAACAAUUCAAAUACCACUGCUCCAAAUGCAACAAAGGUUUUUUAUAUGUGGGUGAAUUAAAUCAUCACGUCAAAACAAUCCACAAUAAACCUAGCGUCACACUAAUCAGCUGUACAUUCCAAGGCUGCAACAAAGUCUUCAAAACCCAAAGUUCCCUAAAGUACCACUUGCACAACCACGAACCCAACAAGUCCACGUUUAUUUGCGACAAGUGCGGCAAAAUCUUCACGCAUCCUCUAUUAUACCGCAAACACUUGCGCAAGUACCAACGUGAACGUAAAGUGUACACUUGCCAGAUUUGCGACAAAGCCAUUGCGUCGUUGUGGAGUCUUGAGGAACAUAUGCGGCUGCACAGCGGCGAAAAACCUUUCAUAUGCGAACAUUGUGGCAAAGGGUUUAGGACUAGGGUGAUUUUGAGGGCACAUAUUGUCGUGCAUACGAAGGAGAAAAAUCACGUUUGUCCUUAUUGCGGCAAAGCGUUCACGCAACGGAGUCCUUUGAAGUGUCACAUGGUACGAUUUCAUCCGGAGAAAUUGAAAACUUAA